CUGCUGUGCUUGCUGGCAGAGGCCAAGGCGAAGCUAGACGCAGCGGGGCGGGUGGAGUUGAUAGUAAAGGACGCGGAGAGGGUGAGGAAGGAGGCGGAGAACGGGGAAGCAGAGGUGCAGGAGCUGGAGUAUCGUUUGGACACGCUCUCCCAGGCCAUGCGCUCGCUGGCUGAUGUCAAUGCUGAUCUGGCUGCUGUUGAAGAGAAGAGAGGUGAGGAAUGGGAGGUGGGACAGAGUGAGGAAGGAGGGGGAGAGUGGGGGAAAGCGGAGGUGCAGGAGCUAGAGUACCGCCUUGACACGCUCUCCCAGGCCAUGCGCUCCCUGGCUGAUGUCUAUGCUGAUUUGGCUGCUGCUGAAGAGAAGAGAGAUGCAGCAGCAGGGGAUGUGGAAAGGCUGAGGGAGGAGCAUGCAGCACUGAAGGACGAGGCAGCAGCAGCCAGCAACAGGUGGCGGGGGGCGCGGGAGGAGAGGGCCCAGAUGGCUCUGAGAGUGGCGAGGCGGCGGGAGAUGGAGGAGGAGGUGGGGCAGCUGGAGGUGGCGAUUGAAGGGAGCAAGCUGGAAAUACAGAUGGAGGAGGAGGUGGGGCAGCUGGAGGUGGCGGUUGAAGGGAGCAAGCUGGAAAUACAGGCACUGGAGCGGAGCAUGGGGCCUCUGAGGAAGAAGCAUGGGGAGGCAGUGGAGGGGCGGAGGGUAUGGCGGGAGAAGGCAGGGGCGGAGGAGGCGGAGAUGCAGGGGCGGGUGAGGGGCAUGGAGAGGGACCUGGACGGGACGAGAGCGAUAUUCAAGAAGAUCGAAGACUACAUUGCCUCUAAAAAGGAGCAGCGGCUAGCAGAAGCAUCCAAAAGGCUGCAGCAAUCGCAGGCGCGGCAGGCGAGUAAUGAGCAGCAAAUUCAGCAGCUGAGCGCAAAGGAGGCAGAGGAGCGGGAGAUGCUGCGCAGCCAGGAUGCUGUGAAGCGCAAUGUGGAGGCGAUUCUGUUGUUCCGGGGCAUGGAGAGGGAGGAAGAGGGGGUGAGGCGAGAGGUGGAGAGGCUGAGGGAGGAGAUGGGGCGCGUGGGGAGGGUUGGGGAGUUGGAGGAGGAGGUGAGGGCCGUGAGGGAGGAGAUUGAUGGGCUUGCUGCCGAGCAAAACCAUAGCCGGGGCAAGGUGGCCGCACAUGAGGCGAGCAUCCGACGCGCAGAGAUAGAGCUGAGGGCGCCCCAGUUCAGAGACAUAGUUAGCCGGCACAAGAAGCAGCUCAUUCAGCUCAAGACCUCAGAGAUGGCAAACCGGGACAUUGAUAAAUACUAUAAUGCACUGGACAAGGCUUUAAUGCGGUUCCAUGCGAUGAAGAUGGAGGAGAUCAACAAGAUCAUCAAGGAGCUGUGGCAGCAGACGUACCGGGGCCAGGACAUUGACUACGUUGAGAUUCGCUCCGACGCGGAAGGAGCGGGGACACGCUCGUACUCCUACCGGGUGGUGAUGCGCAGUGGUGAUGCUGAGCUGGACAUGCGGGGGAGAUGCAGUGCCGGCCAAAAGGUGCUGGCAUCUCUCAUCAUCCGCCUUGCAUUGGCCGAGACCUUUUGCCUCAACUGCGGCAUUCUCGCUUUGGAUGAGCCGACCACCAACCUUGACGCUCCCAAUGCUGAGAGCCUUGCAAGGGCCUUGAACAGGUCAGUCCACUGA